GCCCCUCACAUUCAUCCUUCUAUACUCGUGUUUCUGACGGCACGUCGCGUCGCGAGUUUCAAUCUUUCUAAAUCGCCGUCAUCGGCUAGCUUAAACUUAUUUAAGUUUAUUCUCAAUAACCAAAAAUGCCCCCCAAGUUUGAUCCCUCUGAAGUUAAGAUCGUGUACCUCAGAUGUGUUGGAGGUGAAGUAGGUGCCACAUCUUCAUUGGCCCCCAAGAUCGGUCCCCUUGGUCUGUCUCCCAAGAAGGUCGGUGAUGACAUCGCCAAGGCCACCGCAGACUGGAAGGGUCUGAAGAUCACGGUUCAGCUCACCAUCCAGAACAGACAGGCCACAAUUUCUGUUUGUCCUUCAGCUGCUUCCCUAAUCAUCAAGGCCCUGAAGGAGCCUCCUCGUGACAGGAAGAAGGUUAAGAAUGUCAAACACAGUGGUAACCUUACCUUCGAUGAAAUCGUCAGCAUCGCCAAACAGAUGAGGCCAAGAUCGAUGGCCAGGAAGUUGUCAGGCACUGUCAAGGAAAUCCUGGGCAGCGCUCAGUCUGUUGGUUGCACCGUUGAGGGCAGAAACCCUCACGACGUCAUUGACGCCAUCAACAACGGAGAACUGGAGGUUGCUGAAGAAUAAGUAAGUAUAGCCGAGAUGUUCACAGACCCGCUUUUGUUACAUGAAUGAAUGAAUCAUUUGAACGAUUUGAAUAAGUGAGCGAGUGCGUGAGCGUGGUCUGUGAUGCUCGGUAAUGGUCGGGGUUGGCAUCCCAUCCGCUCUUGAAGCUUCCUGGAUUUUUCAUUGAAGCUGAUGGAGUUUAAACGCCACUGGGGAGAAAACCCCAACAACAAACCAGUCUUAUGGCUGUUAGGUUUAGGAAAUCAAAAUUGAGUCUAAAGUUCUUACGCAAUAGAAUUAUUUGUUAAUGUUAACUAAUCAAUUUUGAUUUCAUCAUUUCUAUGUUAAACUAAAGUGAGCAGUUGUCUUAUG